AUGAGCGACGCCCACUUUGUAUUUUUGCCCGGGCAGGGUUCGCACUAUUCGGGCAAAAUCCGUUCGUUUGUUCUGCGCAACCGGAAGGGAGGGCAGCAGCGCCAGAAGCGCGCAAAGAAUGGCAAACCCGAAGAAAGGGCCAUUGUGGUGUCGACAGAACAACAGUUGGUCCCAUUGGCAGACGCCCAGAAUCUUCUGCAGGGCCAUUUCGAUCCCUUCAAGACAUUGGCGGCCGAUCUGGACCGGACUGAAGGCAUCAUGGUCUCGCACUUCGUGGGAGACUGCAUUCCUCACCUAGGGAGACGGCGUCAAAAGACGUGGUUUCCGCCCCGCGACAUGCAUUGGCCCGUGAUGCAGGGAAAUCCUCUGAUGUUGGCCGUCGCCGUCCACUUUGCGGCGAUGAGCCGCGCGUUGAUCGAGACGCCGACAAGAGAGGAGAGGAUCUUUGCGGAAAAAUGCUAUCUGAAAACGCUACAAAACUUCCGCACGAGACUGGAGGCUGAGGCGGCCAGUCCGAGCGAUGGUCUCCUCCAGGCCAUGGCCUGCAUCUGCGCCACCGAAUCCGUCAUUCGAGAAAGCUCCGAUGCGACGAAAGAGCAAGCGCGCAACUCUUUCUAUCUGCAUUGCCGUGGUCUCCGGGCGGCGCUGGACCGCCGACACGGCUGGGACGUUGCGCACUACUCGCCUGCUCUGGUGUGGGAGAUGACAUGGGAAGACAUGCUGUCGAACGGCCAGAUCUCUGCCAUGAAGACCCAGUUCUCGGUCCACCUGAAAUCCUCUCUUCUGGACGAGACCGAACGACAGAACCUACCCAUCGCAGGGGCAGGCCUCACACAAGCCCAGUGGGAUCGGUUCUGCGCCCUCGAAUUCAUUGGCGCGUACCAGAACUUCCACACCAUGGCUGUUUAUAGACGACGCCACCCGCCGGGCGAGCUGCACCCUCUGAGCCUGUUCCUACCCGACAUGCCGGCCUACCGGACGCUGUCGGCGAACGUGCCCAACAUCGUGCGGCCAAUCAUGCCAAUCCUGAUGCUGCACAUCGUGCUCUUCGACCUGCAGGGCGCGUCCACCGAGGAAUUGACCUACCAAUACUGGGCGAUCCGGCGCAAGUUCGACCGGUGCGACGUCGAGCUCGACAGCGGGCCGUCGUACCUGCUGUACGCGAUCGGCAUGUCGCCGGACAUGAAGGGGUGGUCGGACCAGGACCAGAUGGCCUUGUUGUCGCGCCUGUUGAGCGUCGAGGUGCGCUUGUCGGACGCCACGAGGGAGAUGAUCCGGGAGAGCCUGCUUGCGUUUGUCGAGUCGGCCGUGUUGCCGGACAGUGACUGGUGGACGCCCGCGGAGAUGGAAGCAGUCAUCACCAAGGAGCUGCUAGGGUAG